AUGACACCAAUAAAACAGUUUUACAAUCUAAGAAAAGGUUAUAGUGGCCCUGCCUCCGACGAGCUAGGAAGUCAAUUAACUGGACAGCUUCGCUCCAAGGGUCCACUGUGGAUUUAUCGCGAUCCAAAAGGCUACAAGGGAUCGACAGGUGUUCUGAGGGUUUGUGAGAAUAAACCGGUGCACAUGAUAGGAGAUGUUGCAUUAGCGACCUUAUGGGACUCCACGGUAGUGCCGGAUGCCUGGGGCGGGUUUUGGCACAAGGGAGGAGGUCCGCUGGGUGGACUAGCCAAGUCCGUUCCGGAGGUACGAGAUAUCUCCAAAUGCUCAGAGAAAUCUUUCUGCGAGAUUGACUUCGUUUAUGUGAGAACAUCACCGUCAAGGUACGCGGGAGCAUUAUUAACUCCGCCGCACCGAAGGGCGAGAGUGGGGCGUAAUCCUGUGUUCCAUGAGCGUCGUGUAGGGACCUUCGUUGUUGCCAAUGACCCAGCGAAGUAG